CUCUGCAGGAGGUGUACACGUGUCUGUCGCGCAAACACGGCGCUUUUAUUUUGAAACAUGUGACCGGAAGUAGAUGAAAUGGAAGUACCGCAGCCAGAGAAGUUAGUCUGUGCAGCGGUGUGGACAAUUCUUCCGUUGGCGUUUCAGUCUGUACAUUGUUUUCUUAAAACUUGUGGACUUGUCGUGCUCAACGACCAGACCGUGUGGCCCAGUCGGUCAGGGGACUUUGUUACGCUUCCGUUAGCUCUGUUGUCACGACAGACAAGCGCCUCGCUAACUUAGCACUGAAGUUGACGUUAGCAGCGUCGAUACAAUAGUGGACUACCCAGUCAGCCAACGCCCGCUGCCCGACACGCACACACACGCACACACACACACACACACACACACACGCACACACACACACACACACACACCAGGAACCACUGACGACUCGCACUCUAACGAAGUUGUUGUCCUUCCCGGAGAGUAUCGGUUGGCGCUGGGCUCAGCCCGCGCGCUCACCGUUAGCAACAGGCUAACUGGGCUAAGUUGCCGUUUAGAUGAGAACCGAAUCACCGCGUCGAGAACUGACUCGGCGUUCGCCUCUCCGACUCGACGUCUCCGCCGCUGCCAUGGUGUGUGCACGACGAUCGCACCCGUCGAGUUGAACCGCCGACCGUGAGACGCGCCGGGCCCCAGCAUGAAGACCCUGGGCUCCAGAUUCUUCUUCUAUGCGGGCUUCGUGUUCGGGACCUUCACCCUGUACGUGUUCCUGCGGCAGGUGUGGUUCGAGAGGAGCGCGUCGUCGUCGUCGCGCGUCGGCGCCGUCGACAGCGCCGAUGACUACCAGCAACUGCUGAAGGACGAGUUGAAGAUCUGGAAGAAGGAGAGGUCUGCUCUCUUUAACCUGGAGCACCCUCAUCAUACAGGUGAGGAUAGCCACAUGGCUGAUGAGCUCUACAAAAAGGUGCGCAUUCUUUGCUGGGUGAUGACCUCACCCAACAACUUGGAGACGAAGGCUCGACAUGUGAAGUCCACGUGGAGUCGUCACUGCAAUAUUGUUGUCUUCAUGAGCUCUGUGGAUAACCCGGACUUCCCCACUGUGGGAUUAGGUACAGAGGAAGGUCGGGAUCAGCUGUAUUGGAAAACAAUCCGGGCCUUCCAUUAUGCCUACGAGCAUCACGGCCACGAGGCAGAUUGGUUCCUCAAGGCAGAUGAUGACACCUAUGUCAUUGUAGACAACUUGCGGUGGGUUCUUGCGAACCACACACCGGAAGAGCCAAUUUACUUUGGCCGAAGAUUCAGGCCAUACGCCAAGCAGGGCUACAUGAGUGGUGGAGCGGGUUAUGUGCUGAGCAAAGAGGCCCUACGGCGCUUUGUAGAAGGUUUUAAAAGCAAACAGUGCACUCACACUACCUCUGUCGAGGACCUGGCAAUGGGGCAGUGCAUGGAGAAAGUCGGGGUGCUGGCAGGAGACGCCAGAGACACGGUGCACAGGGAGACAUUUCACCCCUUUGUCCCCGAGCAGCACCUCACUUCCAAGUUCCCCAAGAGCUUCUGGUAUUGGAGCUACUGCUUCUACCCCAUCUCAGAGGGUCCAAACUGCUGCUCAGACCUGUCUGUGUCUUUCCACUAUGUAGAUGGUUUACACAUGUAUUUAUUGGAGUACUACGCCUAUCACCUGCGUGCCUUUGGCUACAGAUACCGUUACCAGCCCCCCUCCCCAUAAGGCUACAAUAUCGAGCUGUCAGGCUCCCAGGAUGCUGCAGAGGGACAAAAAGAGCCGGCUAUUCAGGUAAAAGGGCGAGGAGAGGGGGGCGAUCUGUCAAGGACUGACAAGAGACAGGAUGCAGAUCAACCUCGAGCAGCGGGUGAAGUCCCUCCCAUUGCACCAGAGGACAAACAACAGUAGAGACUGUGUGGUGAUGUGAAGGGAACAUUGUCGUCAGGAAGAGGCCGAAUUUGUGUUUGUAAUAUUUGCGUAUUCAUUCUAAUAAUCUUGGCUCAUAUUUCUACAAAAGUAGAAAAAACAUGAAGUUUCUUGAGCUGAAGGACUGCUACUAACUUAAACUGCGACUGCAAAACAGCUUUUUAGGCUAAGAAGUGAUUUCUGACUGUUAUUCAGGUUUGUCAGAUGGUUUUUACAACUUUAAAAAUUGAGAACAGCUGUCCGUAAGCUGUGUUCAUUUGAAAACUAACUAAAGCACCUUUUUAAUCCACAUCAACCAAUAAUUAAUGUCCAGAGCCAGUGAAAUUAGGUUUUGCCAGUGUUUUUAUCUGAUUUCUUUCUUGACUGCUGCAAUACCACCAAAACCUGAUCUACCACUUUAUAUUCGUCUGGACAUGAUGGAGUAGUAUGACUUAAUUUCUCACAUAGAGAACUAUGUGCCUGCUAAUGAGAACAAAGUAUUUGUCUUGAACUGAAUGAAAAGGUGUGAGUUGUGAGGCUACUACUUUUCUAAUAAUUUACAUAGAUUAAACAAGAUGGAAUUAAAUACAUUGGUGUUUGUUCUGAGAAUACUAUGGUUAACCAUCUGUUGGUUGUCUGACUCCUAAACUUGAUUCAGCCUCUAUCCAAAACUAUUUUCUGUUACGCUUCUGUGUAAGUGUAAUGUUUCGUCCACGUUCUUUGUUGGAAUCAAUCAAUUUUAUUUGUUUAAUUCUCGCCAGUAUGGAUCUCACAUUUAAUUGUUUUUAUUUUAUCUAUAUUAAGCUCUUUGAAAAGUCUAAAAAUAGUUUUUUUAAAAGAUUUUGUUUUCCUACACAUUUUAUUUAAAUGUCUAGGGUUGCAACCAAGGGUUAUUUACCAUUAAAUGCGACAGAUUAUUUUCUUAAUGAACCAAUUCAUUGUUCGGUUUAAAAAAUGUCAGACAGUAGUGAAAAUAAGCUGUUAUUAAUAGUUUGCUUUACUGAAAACUGUCAAACCCCCCCAAAUCCAUUUACUAUUACAUAGGACAUAGAAAAGAAUCAAAUCUUCACAAGAAAGAAGCUGAAUUGACGUGAUGGUUUGCACUUUUAACAUGUAAGCCAUGUUCCUCCAGCGCUAAUCAAAUGUCAGUCAGUUCAAAUCUAUAAUGCUUGUCCUCAAAACAAUAUUCAUCUUAAAACCACAACCCCAAAUUAAUUAAAGCCUUUUUCCAAUCAAACGAUCCAUUCAUAUCUCUUUGUGGCCAAUUGAGAUGCGUUGAUAUGAUGAUGCUUUAAAUGAGAACGUCCAGAAUUUAUACAACCAAAGAUUUCCCUGAAGGAUGAGGCCGGACGAGCCGAUAUUUGUAAACAUGUCUUGGGAGUUAAUGCACUUCAUGUUCAGUCAUCGCAACUUGUUAUUUGAUCUUGGACCCUUGGUGGUUAGACACACCUUCAGCUGGAAGAGGAGGAAGUCAAUAGGGCUGUAGUCAACCAAAGAAAAUGUCGCCUGAAAGUUUACCUAUUCUUCGACCCUUCAAUAGGUCUUUGGGGCAAGGAAAAAAUAUCUGAAAGAUAUCUCUAGAUUAAUUAAAUUGGCCACGGUGCACUGAUUGCACCCCACGGGUACGUUAGUCCUCAUGAAUGCAACAUUGGCCAUUGUCCGACUGAUGAGAAUUUGAUUGGACGACCGCUUAUCGACCAAACAAUUGAAUAGUCGAAUGACCGACUACAGCCCUUGUAGCCAGUGAAAGACCUUUCCUUCUUUCUCUCCUGCCCAUUUGUGGGACAUGGUUUUCGAUUUGUUCUUCCCUGAACUGGCUCUGGAUACACGCGUCACACUUCCUUGCAUCUUCCCCCGGUGGACUCAUUAGCUUGUGCCUUGUAAAUUGAGAUUGUAUGAGCCAACAGCUGAACACAUGACUUUGCACUGUGACAUUACAAUGAUGAGUGCCAACUUUCAAAUGGAGCGUAUUGAUUCCUUCCAAUGUAUUGAGUUAGGCCUUUGCCAGUGGAUGACUUGUUCGUGCCUGAAAAAGCAAGGGUUUAUUUUAUAUAAAUGUAGUUUUAGCAAUGUUGUGUAUUUUCUAAAUGCUGGGGGUGGGGGGAGUUGGGGUUCUUUUCUUUUGUAGUCACUACCUUGUGUAUAUUCAAAAUUAUAAACAGAAACUUUAUUACUUUGCGGAUAAACAACAAAUUACAUUAUCGGAGAUACAGUAAUGACCAAAUACAGAAAAUGGCUUCAGGAAUCAGGCAGGAUUCAGUUUUAUGUGAAAAUAGCAGUUUUUCUUUUCAACGACUUCAACCUUUUAAUCAGCAUUCAAGGUUGCAAAUGUAUGUGGUAACUAAAGCCUAUCAAAAUGCCGUUUUGUAAGUGUUAAUACUCAGUUGUACUCCUUCAGUACAAGAGCACGGAGCAUGUUCAGUAUUUUAAAUGGGAAAAGUUCCAGUUUGAACCAAAUCAGCACGUUUUUGUUUCCAAGUGAAUUAACAGUCUGUCCACUGAUUUUCGUCCAUCGACGUUUUUAGUUGCUUUACCAUCACCAUCAUUUCUGCCGGCCCUAACAACUUUGAUAACUCCCCCAUCUGGUAACUGGUUAUAAAUCCAGUCCUUGACAAUCUUCUCCUACAUUCAAAUUUUAUUCAAGGGAAAGGUGUACAGUGAAAUAUUUAUAUUUGAAAUGUUUAUGUAUGUAAGUAAGUAAGUAUUGACAUCAGAAUUGAGUUAAUAGUCUUACGUGUGUCACUUGUCAUUCGUUUGUGUGAGUGUUUGAGGUGCUUCAGUGUGCAGGGUUGUUUUCAGUGAGUUGUACUUUAAUCACUAUAAAUAAAUGCAUAUUUUAUUCUA